CAGCUCUUGAGGACAUCCUCCAUAUGGUUGAAAGCCAGUGGGAUCAACUCCAGAGGCAGAUCCGACGGCAACAUAGCUGGAUGCUUCGUGCUUUUCACUUCAUCCAAGCCCGCAUCCUCCACACCAGCCACACACUGGAACCCUUUACAGCCAUGUUGGAUAUGUCAGCAAAGCGGCAGCUUCCGUGCUUUCCAGAAGAGCUAAAUAUGGAGAAAACUUCAACUCAGAGUGACAUCCAGGAAAAUACCCUAAAGACCAUGUCAGUCAAACUGGGCAACCUGUACUGCUCCUCAUCCUCGAGGAGGGUUAGAGAUACCAUUAUCACCUGUUCACAGGAUUUCGAGGCAGAGUAUCAGGAACUCUGGGAUUGGCUGAUGGACAUGGAUGCUAUGGUAACUGACAGCCACCAGUUGAUGAUGUCAGAAGAGCAGAGGCAAUACCUCUUCAAAAGCUGCCUCACUGAAAUGCUGAUGAUGGAGAACUGGAAGACUAGUCUGCUCAGACAAGCAGCCAACCUAAAGAGGAGUGGGAGUGUACAGCCAAGCAACUUGCACAUCAAAAUGCAUAACCUUACACACACGUGGCAACAACUAGAGAGGGGGACAGAGAGGUUAGCAGAUAUCCAGGUAUGUUACAAGUUGAAUGAGAGCAGGUCUGUACCUGUUCAGAAAUUCAGGCUGAGCGGCAGAGGAGGGGAACCAGGAGGGUCCAGAGGCUGA